UAACUUGCUAACAUGCUGCCACUCUGAAACGUUGCAGUCUCUGUUUAUAUGUCGGACUAGUCCAAUGUUUUUCUUUGCUUUUUAAGACUGUGGCUGACAUCCAGACUAGUGUUGCGCUAAUUCAAGGAUGUGUUGAAAUCUGCUUCUGCUAAGUUGAGAGCUUGGAUUCCGGACAACUGUUGCACUUGAACAAUAGGGUACACAACCUAUGGUGUGCUGCCUCUCUGAAACAUCUUCCUUGGCCUAUCUAUCUUGCAGGGAAAGAUGCAAAGAACAAUAUAUGUGUUAAAAAAUAUAUUACAUGUUGGCACAAUGUAUAAUCAUCGUAUGUGGUGUGUCAGCCUAGAACCAGAUGCAAAGAGCACAAAGUCUUGAAGUGAUGGGCUUGCUUACCUAGUUCAUUGCCAAAAGCAAUGGAACACAAUGAUUCACUUAUAGCUAUAAACGCCCUUCAGGUCAGUUCGCAUGUUGUCUCAGUUUCACACAGUCCACUUGUGUCUGGCACAUUUCCCUUUCAGUCUUGUCAGAUUAUAACUCCUUGCUUCCCACCUGAUGACCUACUGCUUUGCCGUUUCUGUCUGUGUUUUGACCAGCAGGCUUUGAGCUCUCACCUGCCACCUGACCUCUUACUGUCGUUCACCUUCUGCGUCAGUGUGUUUGUGGACCUGGCUGAGUGUCCUGCUGUUCCAUUCAUGAGUACCAACUCGGCAGAUGCAUCUUGGCACUCUGGCACAUCAAGCAUGAGGACAGUGCCUACUUCAGUUGUACUCAUUGCACAAAUGAAGACAUUAAGGAGCCUUCUGGCUCAGCCAGGCAUCCCAGAAACAGAUGUUAAAGAACUGCACGAUGUCUUUGGGCUCCAUGGGCAAACACAGCACAAGCUGAACUUCCUUCGACAGAAUGUGCCAAAAGACACAAAGCUUGUGAUCAUUGGUCAUUCAAUUGGCUGUUAUAUUGCCCUUGAAAUGAUGAAACAGGCACUGGAACAGGAGGUUCUCCGCUGUGUGAUGCUCUUCCCUACAAUAGAACGUAUGGCUCAGAGCCCUCUUGGCAAGAUUUGUACACCCCUGUUCUGCCAGCUUCGUUAUGUUCUCUACAUGCCUAUAUACCUGGCAACGCUUCUCCCAGACAGAGUCAAACAUUUCCUGGUCCGUUUGUUAAAUCGGCAGAAGAACACUGAGGAAUCUUCAUUAAUUACUACUGUAGGUUUGCUUAAUGUGGGAUGUAUUGCAAAUGCCAUGUAUAUGGCAAGUCAAGAGAUGAGGGAAGUUGUGGAGAGAGACAGCACUACUAUAAGACAGCACUUAAAGAAGCUUACUUUUUACUAUGGAACUGGAGACAUGUGGUGUCCUAUGCAAUACUAUGAAGAGAUGAAGAUGGAGUUUCCAGAUGGAGACAUCCGGCUGUGUGAAAAAGGGAUCUCGCACGCUUUUGUCCUGGAGUCAAGCAAGGAGAUGGCUGUGAUGGUUGCAGACUGGCUACAGGAGGAUCUGGCCAGACUAUAAAUGGUGAUGCAGUGCAUAAUGACUGGGGAAACAAGUGUAACUAUUUUGUGGAAAUGUAUCUCUAAUGGGAAAUAUUUACCCUUAAUUUUGUCUGUAGAUUUCUAUGGGUAUGGCAUGUCUUUGUGGCCCAAAGUGCACUUCUUUUGUCAAGAGUUCUACUGAAUACUUGUGGUGUGGUUGUAAGUGCCUGUACUGAAUUUUUGUCAAACGCGAAAAAGGUAAAGUGUGCCAUCAAGUCGGUUUUGACUCCUGGCACCCACAGAACCCUGUGGUUUUCUUUGAUAGAAUACAGGAGGAGAUUAUCAUUGCCUCCUUCCGCACAGUAUGAGAUGAUGCCUUUCAGCAUCUUCCUAUAUCUUUGCUGCCCGAUAUAGUACCAGUGGGGAUUCGAACCAGCAACCUUCUGCUUGUUAGUCAAGCAUUUUCCCACUGCACCACUUAAGGUGAUGUCAAAUGCAAAACUGGACCAUAAACAGCAGAAGAUACUGACCUAAUUAUGAUAGCUGCUGUAUUCUAAACUAUUGCCCAUUAGUUUAGUACUCUAAAGUAAUCUCUUUCAGUCCUUUGAGGAAAGUGCCAUUUCCCAUCAGUGAAAGGACUGACUGAAAGUGAGUUCACACAUGCAAAUACAAUGGCUUCAGCCUCAAGGGAUGACCUAUUUGAGGCAUCAUGAGGGGAAUAACAAACACUUCUUUGUCGAAAAUCUGCCAGGGAGGUGGUUGGACCCUUAGAUGAUGAGGGUGUGAAAGGGAUUAUUUAGGACAAGGAGAUUACAGAGAAGCUGGAUGAGUUCUGUGCAUUUGUCUUCACAGCGGAGGAUUCUGACUAUAUACCCUCUCCAGAAUUGAGCUUUUCAGGUUUAGCAGCUUAAGAACUGGGCCAAUUUGAGGUGACAAGGGAAGAUGUUCUAAAUCAGGGAUUCUCAACUUUGGGUCCCCAGAUGUUAUUGGACUUCAACUCCCAUAAUCCCCAACCAAAGACCACUGGAGCUGGGGAUUAUGGGAGCUGAAGUCCAAAAACAUCUGGGGACCCAACAUUGAGAACCCCUGUUCUAAAUGGUCUUGAAAAACUAAAAGUUAACAAAUUGCCAGGGCCAGAUGGCAUCCACCCAAGAGUUCUGAAGGAACUCAAAUGGGAAAUUGCAGAUUUCCUAGCAAAAAUAUAUAACAUGUCCCUACAAUCAGACUCUGUACCAGUGGACUGGAAAGUAGACAAUGUGACUCUAGUUUUCAAAAAGGGAUCCAGUGGGGAUCUAGGAAAUUACAAGCGGGUCAGCUUAACUUCGGUGCCGGGCAAAGCAUACUAAAGGACAAAAUUGUUAAACAUAUAGAAGAAAAGGACUUGCAGAAGGAUAACCAGCAUGGCUUCUGCAAGGACAAGUCUUGCCUCACUAACCUUUUGGAGUUCUUUGAGAGUGUCAACAGGCAAGUGGAUAAAGGUGAUCUGGUUGACAUAGUAUACAUGGAUUUCCAAAAAGCUUUUGAUAAAGUUCCCCACCAAAGGCUCUUGAGUAAACUUAGCAGUCAUGGAAUAAGCGGACAGGUUCAUGUGUGGAUUGGUAACUGGUUGAAGGACAGGAAACAGAGAGUAGGAAUAAAUGGACAGUUUUCACAAUGGAGAGAGGUAGGAAGUGGGGUCCCCCAGGGGUCAAUACUGGGACCAGUGCUCCUUAACUUGCUUAUAAACAAUCUAGAAGUUGGGGUGAGCAGUGAAGUGGCCAAAUUUGCAGAUGACACUAAACUGUUUAGGGUAGUAAAAUCCACAACAGAUUAUGAGGAACUCCAAAAAGAUCUCUCCAAACUGGGUGAGUAGGUGACAAAACGGCAAAUGUGGUUCAGUGUAAGCAAGUGUAAAGUGAUGCACAUUGGGGCAAAAACCACCAACUUCACAUAUACACUGAUGGGAUCUGAACUAUUGGUGACUAACCAGGAGAGAGAUCUUGGAGUCGUAGUGGACAGCUAAUUGAAAGUGUCAACUCAGUGUGCGGCAGCUGUGAAAAAGGCUAGUUUUAUAAUGCCGUUAUACAAAUCUAUGGUGCAGCCACAUCUGGAGUACUGCAUACGCUUUGGCCAUCGUAUCUUAAGAAGGAUAUUGUAGAACUGGGAAAAGUGCAGAAGAGGGCAACCAAGAUGAUCCUUCAGUGAGAUGCAGCAAAACACUUCUACUCAAAGUGAAUUAUGUGCUGAAAUGUUUUUCUGAAUGUUGAACAUCGGCACGUAGCAUUAAGCCCUACAAUCCUUUGUUUUUUCCAAUUUUAAAUGUCUAGUCUCAGAGAAUGUCAGAUUAAUUUUUGUAUAACCACUGUAUUUUUCCAAUCUUUUUUUAUAAAAAGAAAAAUCAGCAGAAAAAAACUUCAGUACAUACAGAUUCCAAAGAUUAUUUGAAAGAGUUAAGUGAAUACAAUCUGUAAGUAAAGCAGUUUUAAAAACAACUUGAUACACUCUUUUCCAUAUUUCAUAUAAAAGCAACUUUUUAAAAUAUUCACUUUUCAUGAGACAGGAUAAAGUCUCUCCUCCAGUUCAUUUUCUGUUUUGAAGCUGAAAUGAUAAAAUUCUCUAAUGAUCUCUCUAUUUUCUGAAUACCACUAAGAUCUCAUUCUCACAAAGAGCAGAUGAUGCAGUAAACCUCUUUCUGGCUUGUACCAUAUCAGACUUAAGGUGAGGGCUGAAAUAAUAAUUAAAAAAUAAUUUUGUCUCUUCUGGACAAAAAAAAAAUCCUCCACAUAGAAGACAUAGGCCUUAAAAUAUAUGUACCGAGGUAUGACAAUUUUUUUUACACCAAGUGCCCAAGCUGCUUUCAAUGUGUGAUAAGAAGUGUUCUUUGUAUUUUAAUAUACUACUAUUUGUUUAGUAUUAAUGCUAGUGUACAUCUUACCUGUAAUGUGUAUAAAGCUAUACAACCUUUA